UGGCUGCCCGGUUCUUGCACUCGCUGGAAAGCAGCUCCGGGCCAGGAGCUAUUGCAAAGCGAGGGUGCGCUACCAGACCGAGAGGGGAGAGCCCUGCUCAGAGUGAGCAACACCGCAGCCAAGGCGGAGGCCGAAGAGGGGUGCCAGGCACCAAUCCCCGCGUGGCCUCAGCCCCGGAGGCGCCUCCGAGAGCUUCUUGUCCCCGCAGAGCCACUCUGCCUGUGCCUGACUCUCAGUGACUCCAACUUUGCGCUGGAAGAAAAACUUCCCGCGCGCCGGCAGAACUGCAGCACCUCCUCUUAGUGACUCCGGGAGCUUCGGCUGUAGCCGGCUCUGCGCGUCCCUCCAGCGAAUAAUAGAAAUUGUUAAUUUUAGCAAUCCAGAGCAGGCCAGCGAGCCUUUCCUCUCCCGACCCGAACCAAAAGCUCCCUCGCUCCGUGCGCUGCUGCAAACAGUGUCUCCUGGGGCUCCAAUGCAGCGGGCUGUACCCGAGGGGUUCGGAAGGCGCAAGCUGGGCAGCGACAUGGGGACGGCGGAGCGGGCGCGGGGGUCUCGGUGCCUCGGGCCCACGCCCACGCUGCUGCUGCUCGCCGCGGCGCUGCUGGCGGUGUCGGUGUCGGACGCACUCCGGCGCCCCGCCGAGGAGGACGAGGAGCUGGUGGUCCCGGAGCUGGAGCGCGCCCCGGGACACGGGACCACGCGCCUCCGCCUGCACGCCUUUGGCCAGCCGCUGGAUCUGGAGCUCCGGCCUGACCGCAGCUUUUUGGCGCCCGGCUUCACGCUCCAGAACUUGGGGCGCCGACCCGGGUCCGAGACGCCACUUCCGGAAACCGACCUGGCGCACUGCUUCUACUCCGGCACCGUGAAUGGUGAUCCCAGCUCGGCUGCCGCCCUCAGCCUCUGCGAGGGCGUGCGCGGCGCCUUCUACCUGCGGGGCGAGGCGUAUUUUAUCCAGCCGCUGCCCGCCGCCAGCGAGCGCCUAGCCACCGCCACGCCGGGGGAGAAGCCAUCGGCACCACUACAGUUCCAUCUCCUGCGGCGGAAUCGGCAGGGCGACAGCGGCGGCAAGUGCGGGGUCGUGGACGAUGAGCCCGGGCCGACUGGGAAAACGGAGACGGAGGACCGGGAAGAAGGGAUGGAGGGCGACGAGGAAGGGGCGCAGUGGCCGCCGCAGGACCCGGCACUGCAACGCGUAGGACAGCCCACAGGAACUGGAAGCAUAAGAAAGAAGCGAUUUGUGUCCAGUCACCGCUAUGUGGAAACCAUGCUUGUGGCAGACCACUCAAUGGCAGAAUUUCACGGCAGUGGUCUGAAGCAUUACCUUCUCACCUUGUUUUCGGUGGCAGCCAGGUUGUACAAACACCCCAGCAUUCGUAAUUCAGUUAGCCUGGUGGUAGUGAAGAUCUUGGUCAUCCACGAGGAACAGAAAGGGCCAGAAGUGACUUCCAAUGCUGCCCUCACUCUGCGGAACUUCUGCAACUGGCAAAAGCAGCACAACCCACCCAGUGACCGGGACACAGAGCACUAUGACACAGCAAUUCUUUUCACCAGACAGGACUUGUGUGGGUCCCAGACUUGUGAUACACUUGGGAUGGCUGAUGUUGGAACUGUGUGUGAUCCGAGCAGAAGCUGCUCUGUCAUAGAAGAUGAUGGUUUACAAGCUGCCUUCACCACAGCCCAUGAGUUAGGCCAUGUGUUUAACAUGCCACAUGAUGAUGCAAAGCAAUGUACCAGCCUUAACGGUGUGAACCGGGAUUCCCACAUGAUGGCAUCAAUGCUUUCCAACUUGGACCAUAGCCAGCCUUGGUCUCCUUGCAGUGCCUACAUGAUCACAUCAUUUCUGGAUAAUGGUCAUGGGGAAUGUUUGAUGGACAAGCCCCAGAAUCCCAUACAGCUCCCGGCUGAUCUCCCUGGCACCUCAUAUGAUGCCAACCGGCAGUGCCAGUUUACAUUUGGGGAGGACUCCAAACACUGCCCUGAUGCAGCCAGCACAUGCACCACUUUGUGGUGUACCGGCACCUCUGGCGGGGUGCUGGUGUGCCAAACCAAACACUUCCCCUGGGCAGAUGGCACCAACUGUGGAGAAGGGAAAUGGUGUAUCGACGGCAAGUGUGUGAACAAAACCGACAGAAAGCAUUUUGAUACUCCUUUUCAUGGAAGCUGGGGGAUGUGGGGGCCUUGGGGAGACUGUUCGAGAACGUGCGGCGGCGGAGUUCAGUACACAAUGAGGGAAUGUGACAACCCAGUCCCAAAGAACGGAGGGAAGUACUGUGAAGGCAAACGAGUGCGCUACAGAUCCUGUAACAUUGAGGACUGUCCAGACAAUAAUGGCAAAACCUUUAGAGAAGAGCAAUGUGAGGCACACAAUGAGUUUUCAAAAGCUUCCUUUGGGAGUGGGCCCACGGUGGAAUGGAUUCCCAAGUAUGCUGGUGUCUCACCAAAGGACAGAUGCAAGCUCAUCUGCCAAGCCAAAGGCAUUGGCUACUUCUUCGUUUUGCAGCCCAAGGUUGUAGAUGGUACUCCAUGUAGCCCAGAUUCUACCUCUGUCUGUGUGCAAGGACAGUGUGUAAAAGCUGGUUGUGAUCGCAUCAUAGACUCCAAAAAGAAGUUUGAUAAAUGUGGCGUUUGUGGGGGAAAUGGAUCUACGUGUAAGAAAAUAUCAGGAUCAGUUACUAGUGCAAAACCUGGAUAUCAUGAUAUCAUCACAAUUCCAACUGGAGCCACCAACAUCGAAGUGAAGCAGCGGAACCAGAGGGGAUCCAGGAACAAUGGCAGCUUUCUUGCCAUCAAAGCUGCUGAUGGCACAUAUAUUCUUAAUGGUGAUUAUACUUUGUCCACCUUAGAGCAAGACAUUAUGUACAAAGGUGUUGUCUUGAGGUACAGCGGCUCCUCUGCGGCACUGGAAAGAAUUCGCAGCUUUAGCCCACUCAAAGAGCCCUUGACCAUCCAGGUUCUUACUGUGGGCAACACCCUUCGACCUAAAAUCAAAUACACCUAUUUCAUAAAGAAGAAGAAGGAAUCUUUCAAUGCUAUCCCCACUUUUUCAGCAUGGGUCAUUGAAGAAUGGGGCGAAUGUUCUAAGUCGUGUGAAUUGGGUUGGCAGACAAGACUGGUAGAAUGCCGAGACAUUAAUGGACAGCCUGCUUCAGAGUGUGCAAAGGAAGUAAAGCCAGCCAGCACCAGACCUUGUGCAGACCAUCCCUGCCCCCAGUGGCAGCUGGGGGAGUGGUCAUCAUGUUCUAAGACCUGUGGGAAGGGUUACAAAAAAAGAACCUUGAAGUGUCUGUCCCAUGAUGGGGGGGUGUUAUCUCAUGAGAGCUGUGAUCCUUUAAAGAAACCUAAACAUUUCAUAGACUUUUGCACAAUGGCAGAAUGCAGUUAAGCAGUGUUAGUUUUGAGGGCAAGGCAAGGUGAGGAAGGACUGGUGCACUGAAAUCAAGAAAGCUGGAGGGAUCCAGUGUAUCUUGCCGGUAACCAGGGAGGUGUUUCAGUAAGGUGGGAUUAUGGGAGAUAGAAAAGGAGUUGAAUCAUCGGAGUAAACUGCCAAUUGCAAAUGUGAUAGGAUAGUUAGUGAGGAUUAUUAACCUCUGAGCAGUGAUAUAGCAUAAGAAAGCCCCAGGGCAUUAUUAUUAUUAUUUCUUUUGUUACAUCUAUUACAAGUUUCAAAAAACAGAAGCAAUUGUCAAGAAAAGCUAGAACUAUGACAACCCCUGUUUCCUGGUACUUAUCAAAUACUUUGUAUCAUAGGGGUUGAGAAAUGAAUAGCAGGAGAAAGAUGAGAUUUUACUGAGACCUGUUUUACUUUACCUCACUAACAAUGGGGGGAGAAAGGAGUACAAAUAGAAUCUUUGACCAGCACUGUUUAUGGCUGCUAUGGUGGUUUCAGAGAAUGUUUAUACAUUAUUUCUCCCAAGAAUUAAAAUAAGUUCAGAUUGUUCAGCAUGAGAGAAGGGAUCAGCAAUGUGAAAUGACUCAAGCGGCUUCCUCUUUCCAUUUUUGUACCAUCUCAGUCUUUAUUUGUAUAAUUCACCUUGAGGACAAAACAAUUCCAUGUAUUUAUUAAAGUUCAUUAAGUCUACAGUGGAAAAAAAGCGGUGAAGUAUUAGGUGCUGGUAAAAAACUAGAAGAGACACAAUGAGCUCAGUACCUCCAACUUUUUGUUUUCCUACCAUGUACACCUGCUUAGGGAAUAUGGAUGUAAAAAAGUAACUUGUGUCUCAUGAAAAUCAGUACAAUCGCACAAGGAGGAUGAAAUGCUGGAACAAAAAUGGGGUGUGUAGAACAGAAUCCCACAGGUUUGGGGACAUUGAGAUCACUGUCUCAUGGUGGGGAGGCUGCUGAGGGGUAGCAGGUCCAUCUCCAGCAGCUGGUCCAACAGUCGUAUCCUAGUGAAUGUCUAUUCAGCCCUUCUGUGAGAAUACGAUUUUUUCCAUAUGUACAUAGUAAAAUAUCUUACUAUAAAUUAUAUGUACUUUAUAAGUAUUGGUUUGGGUGUUCCUUCCAAGAAGGACUAUAGUUAGUAAUAAAUGCCUAUAAUAACAUAUUUAUUUUUAUACAUUUAUUUCUAAUGAAAAAACUUUUAAAUUAUAUCGCUUUUGUGAAAGUGCAUAUAAAAUAGAGUAUUUAUACAAUAUAUGUUACUAGAAAUAAAAGAACACUUUUGGAAUGUGUGUGUCUGUUUUUUGAAGUGGGAAUUAAUUCCUGGGAAGGAAACCUGAAAAUACAAACAUUGAAUCUGAAGACUGGUUGUUUUCUUAAAUUAUUUGGCAAUAAGAUUUUGUUCUAGAGGUAGGUGGAGCAAGAUGGCCAAAUAGAAGAUUUUGUUCUGGUGAAAUACAUUUCUUGUAUCCUUGGAAUACGUGAUUACUAAAAAGAAAGAAAUAUGAUAUUGUUUGUUACUAAAGUUUCUAACAAUAUUUACCAGUGGUUGGCAAACUUUUUGUAAAAAGCCAAAUGGUAAAUAUUCACAACUUUGUCAAUCAUGUCAAUAACUAUCCUGUCAACACCAUCUCUGUCACAAUUGCUCAACUAUGCUGUUGUAGCAAAAAAGUAGCCAUCAAGAAUGAGUAAGUGAAUGGACAUGGCCGUGUUCUAAUAAAACUACUUGCAAAAACAAA